AUGACUGAAUGCUUAAGGGUGGGACAUAAAUCAAGGGGUCAAUCUCCCAAGGAGAAUCUCUUUCUUGGUUUGAAUGAAAGUAAAUCUGGAUGCUUUCCAAACACUGUAGAGUUUAUAAACCAACUUGGACCUGGCAGUAUACUCAAAGUCAACUGCACCUCCAACACAAAUGAAAAUAAAGGUGUCCGUGAUGUCAAAUUCAAUGAAAAAUACCAAAUUUCAUUUAAUGAGGCAGGGAAGGAGAGAAUAGUAUGGCGUUGUCAUCUGAGGCAGGGUAAGAAAAUGGAGCAUUUUCAAGAAGUAUGGAGACUUUAUGUUACAGCGCUUUCAAAAUGUGGUCAGAUGCGCUCAUACACUGCUAAACUUGAUGGGAUUUACUUAGUGACAAAUAAUAAACCCAUCAACCCAAAACUUCUUUGGAAGUAA